AUGGUUAUUCUACCGAUAAGUAAGAAAUAUCAUAUGAACGUAAUAAUCGAAACAUCUAUAAAAUACAUAGGAACCGUCGAUUGGGUUGGUAAAUUUCAAAUUUCAGGCACCUGUAAUGUAACAGGAUGUUGCUGUCCUUCGUCUAACUUGAUUAUUAAAAAUAAUAAUAUUACACAUGAAGGAACUUUUAAUCUAACUGGUUUCGACUGUAAAACACAUGGACAUCAAGGACACUUUUCAAUCGAUAAUGCUACUGCAACUGUUGUGUCUGUUGCAUCGUUGGGUACUUUUACAAUGAAAAAUAAAAAUGACAUGGAAAUCUUAUUGGAGCAGAACACCACAGCGGCCAAACCUGCAUGCAAAGUGGACAUGACUCGUGUAGUAAAUUCAACUGUUGCUAGUACUACAACUACUACUACUACUAAUCAUUCUAAUGAAAAUUCAACCACUAAUGGAAAUCAAAUUAAUACUAGUACAGAGCCGGAUAAAAGUCAUGUUUCAUCCAAUCGUGGUUCAAUUUUUCUCAUAUGCAUAUCAAUCAUAAUGGCAACUACUGUCAUCAUGCAUAUUUGA